GGACUGGAGGGACUCGUGAGCCGGAGCCCAGGAAUCCGGGGGUGGAUAAAACACCGCGCCCCCCCCAAUUCCCCUUCAAGAGGAGAUCCUACUCCCUUCUCUCAGAGGGACUCUGAUCACUCAGGACAAAGCUGCUGGAGGUGCUCUGGACAACAGCUGGAGGCCAACAGAGUCCCUAGACGUGGUGCUCAGGGUGAUGUACUGACCAUGAGCGGGUGUUUUCCAGUUGCUGGCCUCCGAUGCCUGUCUAGGGACGGCGGGAUGGCGGCGCAGGGCGCGCCUCGCUUCCUCCUGACUUUCGACUUCGAUGAGACCAUAGUGGAUGAAAACAGCGACGACUCGAUCGUGCGCGCCGCUCCGGGCCAGAGGCUGCCCGAGAGCCUGCGUGCCACCUACCGCGAGGGCUUCUACAACGAGUAUAUGCAGCGCGUGUUCAAGUACCUGGGUGAGCAGGGCGUGCGGCCCCGGGACCUACGCGCCGUCUAUGAGGCCAUCCCCCUGUCGCCGGGCAUGGGCGACUUGCUGCAGUUUAUAGCCAAGCAGGGUUCCUGCUUCGAGGUGAUUCUCAUCUCCGACGCCAACACCUUCGGUGUCGAGAGUGCGCUGCGUGCCGCCGGCCACCACGGCCUCUUCCGCCGCAUCCUGAGCAACCCGUCGGGGCCCGACUCCCGGGGACAGCUGGUCCUGCGGCCCUUCCACACCCACAGCUGCACGCGCUGCCCGGCCAACAUGUGCAAGCACAAGGUGCUCAGCGACUACCUGCGCGAGCGGGCUCGCGACGGCGUGCACUUCGAGCGCCUCUUCUACGUGGGCGACGGCGCCAACGACUUCUGUCCCAUGGGGCUGCUGGCGGGCGGGGACGUGGCCUUCCCGCGCCGCGGCUACCCGAUGCACCGCCUCAUCCAGGAGGCGCAGAAAGCCGAGCCCAGCUCCUUCCGCGCAGGCGUGGUGCCCUGGGAAACCGCCGCCGACGUGCGCCUCCAUCUGCAACAGGUGCUGAAGACGUGCUAAGGACCGCCGCCGCCUGC